AUGAACUCAAUCGCGAGGCAUGCGGGCAUCCCUCACCCGUACGGCGCCGAGGAAGCGGAUCGACAGCCCGCCCCCGCCUUCAGCUCCACCGAGGACGACGCCGGCAUUCCCCUCCACCCAAGCGCGAAGCGCCUCUUCGACCGCGCACCAGUGCUACGCCGCAUUCCCAUCUUCGGCGAGGCCAGCGAAGCAUACGGCCCCGCGUGCGUUAUCAGCCUCGCUCUCUCCUACCUGCUUUGUAAGGGCUUGUCGGGUGGAUUUAUUGGAGGCUCCGUCUUCCCUAUCUUUGUCAAUGUUUACAAAGUGGAAGCAGCCCGUUACCAGCGGCUCUCAGGCGUUAUGGACCUUGCUUGGACCAUCAAGGCCUUCACCGCUUUGAUAUGCGAUACAUUCGCCCUCUUCGGUUACACAAAGCGCUGGUACAUGUUUCUCUCGUGCGUGGUGUGCGGUGUCUUUUCACUGCUCUACGGCCUGCUGCCAGCCAAUCCAUCAUCUGGUGACAUUGCUGCCGGUUUUGUAUUCCUGAGUAACUAUGGUAUGGCCACUGUGGACAUUCUUUCCGAAGGCUUUUACAGCCGUCUGAUACGUAAGAUCCCCGAGUCUGGGCCAUCACUGGUGAGUUGGGUUUGGUGGUUUAUAUCAUUUGGAGGUACUUUGGGCACUAUGAUCAUGGGCCCGUUAGCCGAUCUUGAUAUGCCGCAAGUCGGUGUGUUCAUCACCGUUGGGUUGCAGUUCUUUGCAUCUUUGAUCUACCUUUUCAACCUGUACGGCGAGAAGAUGAACCGUGAGGAGCGCAUUGAGGACGCACGUAUUAUGCACAAGGAGCUACUCCGGGAGCUCGAGAAGGAAAGAGCCCUAUCCCGCAAAGAGGGGAAGGAAGGCAGUCUCGAUGUGGAUCAGGGAAAGGCUCUACAGUUGGAGCCGAUCGGCAACGGUGAGACAAUGGCGUUGACUGACGAUCUACCCCUGAACCUUACCCACACAAACCAGGAGCAGGCGCAAAAGCCGAUGGAACACACAGGCGGAUACCAAGACGAGGCGAGCCCAGAGCUUCUGCUGCCGCAGCCGAUCAUCUGUUGCUGUGGACUUGCCGAGAUCAACAACGAGGUCGUCAUGCGGAACAAGCGGGUUGUUGCAUACUGUCUUGUCAUAACAGUCGCUGUCAUAACCAUGGCUUUCGGUAACGUCUAUGCAGAUACGCUAGGGUUGCUUAUUAUUUGCGUAGUGGUGUCGCUGGUGUGCUCCGUGAUGUCAUUCUGGGCACUACCAUAUGUUAUUGCAAGGGUUAAUGUGUUUAAUUAUUUCAGUUCAGCAGUCUACAUAGGUCUACCUGGAAUCGGCAAGUUCUACAUCGCUGGACCCGAUUGUGUGCCUGGUGGGCCGAACUUCUCUUUGACUUUCGUGUACACUAUAUGCACUGUCAUCUCUACUGUGUCGAGUUUGACCGGUAUUUUGGUGUUCAACUACUUUUUCUCAAAAACCAACUACCGCAAAAUCAUGAUCGUUACCACAAUCGUACUUCUACCUUUUGUGUUGCCUGAGAUCAUCAUGCUCAAGCGUUGGAAUAUACAGGUCGGCAUUCCCGAUCACUUCUUUUACAUCGGUACCAGUACUAUCAUUUCACCACUGAUCUCCAUGGUUUCAUGGAUGCCAACGGUAAUACUGCUGUCACGUGUGUGCCCGCGCGGCUCCGAGAGCAUGGUAUAUGCGGUUCUAGCCAGCUUUGGCAAUCUCGGCGACACCACCAGCACCUCGAUAGGUGCCAUUUUGAUGGAGUAUGUGUGGCCCAUCAAAAGUAAUCCGCCGUGCGACUUCAGUAACGCCGUGAAGCUCGUCAUUGUCUGUGAGAUCCUCUCACCGCUUCUGAUCAUCCCGCUGACCCUGUUGCUGCCAAACGUCCGUGUGUGUGACGAGAUCGACGUCGAUGGCAAGAUGGCAUCGAAAAAGACACAAGAAGAGCCCCAUGUGAAGCCUGGCAAGGACAGCAACGAGGUCCAUUGA